AUGAUCUCUGGAUACAAAACGUUCUUUGCACGGCGGCCUUUGAUGGCAAAUAUGAUAUCCACAGGAAUCUUAUUUGGUACCGGCGAUGCGCUUGCCCAAAUAUGCUUUCCCCAAGACCCAAAAGCGAAAUAUGAUUACCUUCGAACUAUGAGGGCAGUUAUCUACGGGGGCGCCGUGUUUGGCCCAAUUGGAAACAGGCUAUACAAGUUUGUAGACACGAUAAAGUUCCCGCUCCCAUGGCAGCCAAAGAGACUAUACGACACUAUAGCAAGAGUUUCGUUCGACCAGUUGGUCUGGGCUCCAAUUGGUAUUCCACUUUAUUACAGUUGCAUUACACUCAUGGAGGGAUACGGAAUUCCCGAAAUCAAGGCUAAAUUACGCGAGGUUUACCUUGAUACGCUAAUUAAUAAUUGGAAAGUUUGGCCUCUUUUCCAGGCAUUCAACUUUUGGUUCACCCCCGUGAGAUACCGCUUGUUGGCAGUCAACAUCAUAAGCAUAGUAUGGAAUUGUUACCUUAGCAUUGAAAACCAAAUGUCCAACGCCAAGGUGGAGCACAGUGAACAGUGA